GCACUGCAGCAAAAUAAGGGGCCCCGGCUGGCUGGCUGGCAGCCCGUACACACAUACCACAGCACCCCGACUCUCCCUCGCCCGUCUCUCCACAUGUGACCACACCCACAGCCAUGUCUCCCACCCCACUGGUGAAGCUGCCGAUGUUGACAAGGGAAGAAAAAUGGAUACUAAUCGAAUGCGUCUUUGCUGGACGGGGGGGACGACAGAAGUUGAGAACAGGACUUACGAUAUAAAAUGUAGACAACGAUGGCGCCAACGCGGCCUGUCUGGCUGCUGUUGAGGCUGCGGUGCUUAGGUAAGAGACUCACGAUAUAAAAUGUAAGCAGCAAUGAGUGGCUCCCCCACGAUGGCCGAACCAUCACAGCCCAAGACACAUGUCGACUCGCCCCUCGCCUGAGGCCCUCGGCCUACCGCACACGAAGACGAAUGCGCCAUCGGCCAUCUCGUGCAGGCUGUUGGGCGACUCGUGUGCGACCUUGAUCACCACCAAGGCGAAGACGAAAACCGCUGGCCGGCCUGCACUCAGUCACACACAAACACAACACAAGACGUCUGUACGUAUGUGUGGGUGCCUUUGUCGGCUCACUGCUGCGUUCCAUCUUCCCCCACCCUGCUUACGUGCAACAAGUAUCUCUUUCUUGGCUUUGCUGCUGAGCACCUCAAGGACCGCCCUCUCCACCUGGCGAAGGUUCUCCGUCAGGUCGUCGGCGUACUGACCAACACACACAUGUCAGGCAGACGUCCAUCCAUCCAUUCGAAGCAUACAUACGGUGGUCUUUGUGUGUGCCCCAUUCCCACCACCACACCCCAGCCCCCGCCCACGUACGUGCAGGCCGUUGCGUGCAAGGCUGAUGACAUUCGCCUUGCUUGGGGGCGUGAGGUGGAUGCUGGAUGCGCCGGGCCGCCAGCUCGUCCAAGCAGAAGGUGAGCCGCUUGUCGGGGGUCCACGCCAAACGAGUCACGCCUUGUGCGGACACACACACACAAAGGGCAGCAGCCAUCCCAUCCAUCCAUCCAUCCAUGCAGUUCAUUGAGCAGAGGACAUCCAUCUAUCCAUUCAUUCAAGGCGUGCAUUCGUGUGCUGGCGCUCUGUAUGAGCUCACCUCCUGUGUGCAGUCUGUGUUGUGCGAGGCUGAUGACGUUCAUCUUGGUGGGGGCGGUGAGGUUGACUCUUCUCAUGGGGGUUGGCGCUUUCUGAAGGUGAGAAAUGCCACCAGACGCCGCCACAUAGCCCGCAGCCAUGCCACAAGGGGGCAAGCUGCAGGCUGGCCGAUGUCGUCAUCGAGGCUGCCCGGGGGACAGGGCGGGGCGGUGUCGGCGGCUGGCUGGCGGCAUGGCUUCCAGAACCCCUCCCACCCCCUUGCAAACCUGACAGAUGAAAUCAGGGAGACAAAGGGAACAGGAGCCGCUGAUUGGAUCGAUGAAUGAGCCGGAAUUCAACCCGUAGCGUACCACGGGUACUGCAGAAUCUCGUCGUACGUCAGUGUGUGCGGCCGGCGGGUCAUACGAUCAUACAGAUCGUACGCCGCGGGGCUUGCAUCAGCCCCCAUCACCGCACGCGCCGAGACCACCGUAAAAGGGAAUCUGGCCGCACCCUUCUCCCAUUCCACAGGCUGCUCCGUGGUAUAGAGGUAGGCUGUGGCACCAAGGCGCGAAGUGUCGAUAAUGAUGUGUAUCGCAAAUGGCUGCCUCCACUGGUCGUCACUCAGCACGAUCAUGCGGUGUAUGUCGCGCUCUAGCAAGGGGGCGCUGAGCAGAUAAUAAAAUGGCACAGAGAGGCCAGAUGAGGCAGCCGUGACCCAUGAAAGACACAGACGCUUGUUUGUGCUUACAUUGAAAUGUGUGAAGCAGCCUCGCCGCUUUGGCGGACCGUACAACAGCUCCCCUAUCAGAUGCCUGUGAGAGACAUCGAAGAAUAUAAACAGACAGUCUCUCAGCCUGCGGUGAGCAGCUUUUGACUUUGUGCUCACCCCAGUCCACAGAUGUCGUCUUGUAUUGCCCGUCGUGCGCCGAUGCCCUUUAGCUGCUCUUGCGUCUUAAAUGGAACAACACAAAUGAGACACAAACAUGGAGUGGACUUAAGAGCAUCGAACAAAAUGAAUAGCCGCUUACGUCGGCAAUAGCAGAGUUGCCGAAGUCAAUCAGCUUCAGAACAGCGCCCCCCUUCUCACCGUCGACCAUUGUAUUGCCCGACUUGAUGUCGCUGUGAGUAAAACAUGCGUCACGAGACAAGAAGGCAUGGAAUGAGAGGAGCACUGACUGUCAGCUUUCUCUCUGUCGUCUCUCUUCACCCGUGGAGGACGCCGGCUUUGUUGAGGAGGUCUCUCAAACAGACGACGAGCGGGAAAAGGAGGUCCCUGGCCUCCUGCUCGUCGAUGAGAGACCUCCCGAGGGUGUCCUCCUGGCGCAAGUUCUCUUGGUAGACGUCCAUCUCCAAGAAGACACCCCCGGUGGCCGACGGGGAAUCGCUCUGGCGGACGCGAUACGUCUGCAGCAAUGCAUAUAUAGCACAGACCCAUGAGCCCCAUCAACUCAAGGAUGUAGCAUUUGCUGACGCUCUUGACUCUCGCGAUAUUCGGCGAAACGAUGGCCAUGGCGCGGCGAAGUGCGAGAAUCUCCUGGUCGGCGUGCUCUUCGACAGGCCCUAACCUCUUCAAGGCGCGCAUCGCCCCUGGCCACACUUCGGCGGGUUGCGUGUUGGUUGAGGCCGAGCUGGCGAAGCUUAUGACGGACCUAGUGUCCUGUGUGCUGCUCUGUGGGAGGAGGCACUACAGCACACUCGGGCGACGUCUCCACACCCUGCUCAACGGCUGGUCUUGGUCACACACAAAGACUUGGUGGCUCUCUGUUGGUGAGCCUGCAGGCAGACGCCUGAGGCUCGGCCGAUGACAGGGCAUCAACUCAGGCCGAGAACGUGCGGACAGGGAGGACAUACACACGAGGAAGGGAAAGCAGAACCAGAACUGCUUUGUGGACAAAAAGAAUCGUGGAUAGAGGACGUCUCGUCGAGAAAUCUCGCCGUCGACAAAUCUCGCCGGGAAGCUCACAACUGG